AAAAACAUUAUAGCAGUAAUAUCACAGUGCGUUUUAAAUAAUCGAGGAAUCGGAAAGACUUUUGCUAAAUAUGUUUUUUAAUCAAAACAAAUUACGAAUCCGUGAGAUAUUAUUACCAGAUUAUCGAGGAAUGACUUUUAUCCGCUUAUCUCCUAGUCCCCUAGUGCUUACUUCUGAUGUUGAAAGGCCUCUACGUCAUAAAUUAACUCAUCGUGACGACAGAGUAAUCUCAGAUUCAGUCGCAUCGCACAUGUCGUGGUGAACCGUCGCAUUCACCAGAAUUCUAAUAUUUCUUCGGCAGGUAAACUCGAGGCGAGUUGCUUCAGUUACCUGUCACCUCGAUCCUGCGAUCGAAUCAUUAUAUCGCUUCUUCCACUGUCAAUUCGCCGUACACAUUGAUCUGCAAACAUGAUUAAGCAUAUGUACAGCAAGGAUUCUAGAGAUAUAGAAAAUUUACUGAGCAUCAAUCCAAAGUCCAAAAGUCACGCGACUCUCGUACCAUCAGCGCGUACCAAGCAAGACAAGCAGCACUGGAAGAGAAACAUCCAUGAGAAAUGUGACAGCUGCGUGUCGCUGACGAAGAACUUCGACGACAUCAAGCACACCACCUUGAGCGAGCGCGGGGCUCUGAGGGAAGCGGCGCGUUGCCUGAAGUGUGCCGAUGCACCCUGUCAAAAAUCCUGCCCCACGCAGUUGGACAUCAAGUCCUUCAUCACUUCGAUCUCCAACAAGAAUUACUAUGGCGCGGCCAAGGCGAUCCUCUCGGACAACCCUCUCGGUCUCACCUGCGGCAUGGUUUGCCCGACCAGCGAUCUCUGUGUGGGCGGAUGUAAUCUCUACGCGACCGAGGAAGGACCUAUCAACAUCGGCGGACUCCAACACUUCGCGAUGGACAUUUUCAAACAGAUGAACAUACCUCAAACUAGAAUACCCGGUCAGACGGUACCCCAUGCGAGCACGAAGAUCGCCUUACUGGGUUGCGGACCGGCUUCUCUCUCAUGCGCGACGUUCCUCGCCCGACUCGGUUACGAUGACGUUGCGAUCUUCGAGAAGGAGAAGUACAUCGGCGGUUUAAGCUCUUCCGAGAUACCGCAAUACCGGCUUCCGUAUGACGUUGUAAAUUUCGAGGUGGACCUCGUCAGGGAUCUAGGAGUGAAGAUCGAGUUAGGAAGAUCGCUGUCUGAAGAUGAUUUGACGAUAGAGAAUCUUCAAAAUGCUGGAUACAAAGCUAUCUUUUUAGGAAUUGGAUUACCAGAACCGAAGAGUGUACCAAUCUUCGAAAAUCUCACGGCAGAAAUGGGUUUCUUCACUUCAAAAAGCUUUCUACCCGCUGUCGCGAAAGGCAGCAAGCCGGGUAUGUGCGCCUGCAGGAGUAACCAGGAACUUCCGUCUCUUCAUGGCAAUGUGAUCGUCCUCGGUGCAGGAGACACUGCUUUCGACUGCGCCACUUCCGCUCUUAGAUGCGGUGCGAAAAAGGUGUUUGUCGUUUUCCGAAAAGGCUUCACCAACGUACGGGCUGUUCCAGAAGAGAUGGACCUGGCGAAAGAAGAGAAAUGCGAAUUUAUACCUUUCCAAUCGCCGAGACGAGUCGUUCUUCGCAACGGUAGAAUCGCCGCGGUCGAAUUUUGCAGGACUGAACAGAACGAGGAAGGCGAGUGGGUAGAAGACGAAGAGCAGAAGGUCAUCUUGAAGGCAAACUUCGUGAUUUCAGCUUUCGGUUCAGGAUUAUACAGUUCUGCUGUGAAGCGUGCCAUGGCGCCUAUUAAGAUGAACAGAUGGAAUCUGCCGGAAGUGGACGAGACCACGAUGGCCACUUCGGUAGCAGGUGUGUUCUGCGGAGGAGACCUGGCUGGCGUCGCUCAGACGACCGUGGAAUCCGUGAACGAUGGAAAAACUGCAGCAUGGUACAUUCACAAGUACAUACAGGAAUCUUAUGGCCUGAGGGUACCGGAAGUACCAAAAUUGCCAAAAUUCCACACCGCCAUCGACGACGUUGACCUGAGCGUUGAGAUGUGCGGCCUGAGAUUUGAGAAUCCCUUCGGUCUGGCGUCCGCACCACCUUGCACUAGCAGUGCGAUGAUCCGACGAGCCUUCGAAGCUGGAUGGGCCUUCGUCAUCACGAAAACCUUCUCCUUACCGAAGGAUCUAGUCACCAACGUGUCGCCGCGCAUCAUCAAAGGCACAACGUCUCGCCAUCAUCACGGACCCGAGCAAAGCAGUUUCCUCAACAUCGAGCUGAUAUCCGAGAAGACUGCCAAUUACUGGUGCGCCAGUAUCGAAGAACUGAAACGAGAUUUCCCCACGAAGAUUGUCGUCGCAAGCAUCAUGUGCGUGUAUGACAAGGAUGACUGGACGUGCCUGGCGCAGCGUGCAGAAGCAGCUGGUGCCGAUGCCUUAGAAUUGAAUCUAUCCUGUCCUCACGGUAUGGGCGAAUCCGGAAUGGGCCUGGCUUGCGGACAGGAUCCAAAAUUGGUCAGAGACAUUUCCUCGUGGGUACGUGAAGCUGUCAAGAUACCGUUUUUCAUCAAAUUGACACCCAACAUCACCGACAUUGUUUCCAUUGCCAAAGCAGCUUACGAGGGUAAAGCCGAUGGUGUUACCGCAAUCAACACGGUGUCGGGAUUAAUGGGAUUGCGCGGCAAUGCGAUUCCCUGGCCGGCGGUCGGUCUCAAUAAGUCCACGACGUAUGGUGGGAUGUCGGGAAAUGCUACCAGACCCCAAGCUCUGAUGGCCAUUUCAAAGAUCGCAAAUCGCCUUCCAGGAUUUCCGAUACUUGGCACCGGCGGAGUUGAUUCGGCUGAUGUAGCGUUGCAGUUCUUGCAUUGCGGUGCGUCGGUCGUCCAGAUUUGUAGCGCUAUUCAGAAUCAGGAUUUCACCAUAAUAGACGACUACGUGACUGGCUUAAAAGCGUUGUUAUACUUGAAGAGCCUGGAACAGGUGAAGAAUUGGGACGGUCAGAGUCCGCCGACGUUGAAACAUCAGAAAGGCAAGCCUGUUUCCUUGCAACACGCUCUCGGCAAGCACGUACCGCAUUUCGGGGAGUAUCAAAAGCUACGCGAGCAGAAGACAGCUGAGCUGAAAGCGGACUCGAACCCCCUGGAGGAAGCCGUCGCGGUGACGCGGCCGGCUCCAGAACCGGUCGCGCCGAUACCCAGCAUCAGGGAAGUCAUCGGCAAAGCUUUACCUCAUAUUGGCAACUACAAACAAUUGGACAAUAAGGAGCAAGUGGUCGCCUUGAUCGACGAUGAUAUGUGCAUAAAUUGUGGCAAGUGCUACAUGGCUUGCGCCGACUCUGGAUACCAGGCGAUCAUCUUCGAUCCUAAAACCCACAUUCCCAGUGUGACGGACGAUUGCACUGGAUGCACGCUCUGUCUGUCUGUGUGUCCGAUUAUCGACUGCAUCACCAUGGUCCCAAAAACGAUUCCGCACGUAAUUAAAAGAGGUGUGCCAGUUUAAGUUUAUUGUGCACACUUCAUAUGUUGAAAUUUCAUUACAGAAUUUUAUUGUUUCGUGAAAAUUGUAUUGUAUAAAACUGUGUGCAUUGAUGUACGAAAAUUGUAUUGCGAUUUAGAAUCAAUAAUACCGUUUUUCUACAUACAAUAAUGAAUGACUUACAAUUGAGUAACUGUUAACAUCAAUUAAAUAAAGAAUUUUGUGUAAAAUGUAUGAUGUAAUAUAGCAGAGAGAAAUAAACGGCGGCUGAAAAAGA